AUGACGACUCUUGCCGGCAACCCUCUUAGCGAGGCCAUCGGAUACUCCUUCUCCAAUGCGAACAGUGCUCCCCACAGAGAGCACUCUUUCUAUCCUUAUACGGAUAACGGCGGCUCUACCUUAGGCAUUACUGGCUCCGAUUUCGCGAUCCUGGCUGGAGAUACUCGAUCCGUUGCAGGAUACAACAUUAACUCUCGUUAUGUUCCCAAGGUGUUCAAGAUUGGCGGUGAUGACGAGUCUGGCGAAGGUGCCAACAUCGUCUUGUCAGUCGUGGGUUUCGCAGCAGAUGGCCAGGCCCUCAAAGAGCGACUAGAUGCAGUGGUGAAGAUGUACAAAUACCAACACGGAAAGCCCAUGUCCGUGAGAGCCUGUGCCCAGCGCUUGUCAACAAUUCUUUACCAGAAACGGUUCUUUCCCUACUAUGUGCAUGCUAUCUUAGCGGGCUUGGACGAGGAUGGUAAGGGUGCCUUGUACAGCUACGAUCCGGUUGGCUCGUACGAGAGAGAGCAAUGCAGGGCUGCAGGGUCUGCAGCAAGUCUGAUCAUGCCGUUCCUGGACAACCAGGUCAACUUCAAAAACCAAUAUAUUCCGGGUAGCGGGGAAGGGCAUGCCCUUGAGCCCAAGAAAGCGGAGCCACUACCAAGAGAUACUGUUGAGCAGCUGGUGCGAGAUGCAUUCACUAGCGCCGUCGAAAGACAUAUUGAGGUCGGAGAUGGCUUGCAGAUGAUGGUUAUUACCAGGAGUGGGAUCGAGGAGAUUUAUUAUCCGUUGAAGAAGGAUUAG